GUGUGUCUCAUCGGGGACUGUGUGGGGGGCCUCCUGGCCUUUGAUGCCAUCUGCUACAGUGCGGGGCCCUCGGGCGACAGCCCUGGCAGCAGCAGCCGGAAGGGGAGCAUCAGCAGCACCCAGCAGCGGCUCAGCAAAAGCAGCAUUGACAUCUCCAGCGUGUUGGAGGACGAGGAGCCCAAGAGGCCGUUGCCACGGAAACAGAGCGAUUCCUCCACCUAUGACUGCGAGGCCAUCACCCAGCAUCAUGCCUUCCUAUCAAGCAUCCACUCGAGCAUGCUGAAGGAUGAGGCCGAGCCCCCUGCGGUCAGCCUGGGCCGCUUGGACUUCGACGUGUCUGACUUCUUCCUCUUCGGCUCGCCCCUCGGCCUGGUCCUGGCCAUGCGGAGGACGGUGCUGCCCGCGCUGGACGGACUCCAGGUGCGUCCAGCCUGCAGCCAGGUCUACAGCUUCUUCCACUGCGCAGACCCCUCCGCCUCACGGCUUGAGCCGCUGCUGGAGCCCAAGUUCCACCUGGUGCCGCCCGUCAGCGUGCCCCGCUACCAGAGGUUCCCGCUGGGCGAUGGACAGUCCCUCCUCCUCG